GUGGGCGGGCCUUCUUCCACGCACAGGGGAGACCCCAUAAAAUCCACCAAACAGACACGGCCCAUUCAAAUUCUGCGAGCGACUCGUGCCACCAAGCCGACCGGUCGACCGGUGCCGUAGCAUUUUGGAAUCGACCGACAGCAACGUCGACUAGGGACCCGGGAGCCGCAAGCAAUUGUCAUAGAAGAACAGACGCAUACCUAGGUAUAUACACAUACAUACACCUUCGAUUACGAGCCUGUGGCUGUUGUAGCAGCGUGAGUGACGGACGACCUGGACCUGGCCAACUUCAACACCACCUUCCAGCCGACACCAGUCGCCCACCAUGGCAGCCUCGCAAGGCGAUGAUUAUAUCCUCACCCUGUCCUGUCCGGACAAGCCGGGCAUCGUCCACUCAGUCACCGGCGUCUUCGCCGCCAACAAUGUCAACAUCAUAGACCUCCAGCAGUUCUCCGACCCCGUCUCCAACAAGUUCUUCAUGCGCGUCCACUUUGGGCCCACGCCGUCGGUAGACACCCUCACUGCGCCCUUCCAAGCCUUGGCCGCCGAGCUUCAGAUGGACUACGAGAUCCGGCCCGUGGCGCAAAAGACCCGCGUGCUCAUCAUGGUGUCCAAGAUCGGGCACUGCCUCAACGACCUGCUGUUCCGGGCCAAGACGGGCCAGCUGCGGAUCGAGGUCCCCGUCAUCGUGUCGAACCACCCCGAGUUCGAGUCCCUGGCCAGGAGCUACGGCAUCGAGUUCCACCACCUCCCCGUCACCAAGGACACCAAGUCGCAGCAGGAGGGCCAGAUACUCGAGCUGGUGCGCAAGCACAACAUUGAGCUGGUCGUCCUGGCCCGCUACAUGCAGGUCUUGUCACCUAUGCUGUGCGCGGCCAUGAGCGGGAAGAUCAUCAACAUCCACCACAGCUUCCUGCCAUCCUUCAAGGGAGCCAAGCCAUACCACCAGGCCUACGAGCGCGGCGUCAAGAUCAUCGGUGCGACGGCACAUUUCGUCACGGCCGACCUGGACGAGGGCCCCAUCAUCGAGCAGCGUGUGGCCCGCGUCGACCACAGCAUGAGCCCGAAGGAUCUAGUCGAGGAAGGCUCCAAUGUUGAAAGCCAGGUUCUAGCGGCUGCGGUGAAAUGGGUCGCUGAGAGGAGGGUGUUCCUCAACAUCACGAAGACGGUAGUCUUCAACUAAACGGGCACAGCGGCAACUGUGAGAAUCAACCAACGAUUGCUAUUCCAUAGAAGGUUGCGGGUUAGAGUUACAAAAAGCCCGACUCAGUAAUAUUCAUCCCCAUCGUGCAGCCUCGAGAAUAUCCAAGGCUUCUGCCAUUAUCUAUAGACAAGUCCUCCGUCACCAAGAACGACCAAGAAGUACCGGCUGCUAAGAAUGGCGCUGUGCCACAUGAGGCCCGUGUAGUGAGCCCGGCAACUCGGCGGGAGGGCGGUACGCGGGCAUCUCAGGAGGGACAUAACCUGAUGACAGCUCCGACGCGCUUGGCACGGCCUCCUCCUGGUUGUGCUGUUUUGAGAACAUCAUCGUGUGGCUCGUCGGCUGCGCAUGGUUAUGAGCACGUGCCCUGCUGCGCCUUCUGAGGGUGAAGAUUGUCAUUGCUAUAGCGAAGAGGACCACGACUCCAGCGAUGACAGCCCCAGCCAAGGCUCCUGCUGAAAUAGAGCUGCUGCUUGAAGCUGGAGCCGAACUCCAUCUGGAAGCCGUGGGGUUAGGGGGGCUCUGAGCUGCGUCCAUCCGAUCCUGGCUCCUCCAAUUGAUUUGGAUCAUGGGUGCCGCGAUGAGAAGGCUGGACAAUGUUGCUGUUGACGUAUUCUGGGCGUUAGUGCUCGUGUAGGGGAUCGGAAACGUUCCAUAGUUUGACGAGACGAAGCUGCCUCCAGAGCAACUGGCCGUUAGUACCGGCUCAAAGGCGGUCGAGACGCAAGUCUAGAAACUUCCGAACUUCGCACAACUGAAGCCACUUUAUAUAGAGAACGGAAAUUCACAUACC